GGUAGGGCGCUAGCGGCGCUUGAGAAAAGAAAGGUCAAGGGAAGAUGGAUCAGAUCAAAGUGAGUGAAUCGGAAACGGAGAAUGUGAAUCGGAAUCGGAAUCACAGUUGGAGUCCGAAUCCGAGUUCGAAUCGCAACCCCAAAUUGUAUGUAUGUUGCCAGGAAGAAAACUUCUUCAGGGGCUGCUACGGCAUCCUCGCCAUCGAUUUGGAGUGUUUGAUGGCUUGCUCCUGUGACUUUGAUGAAGACAAAGGUGUGGAAAUCAAGUGCGCUAGCUGCGAAUCCUGCCCCAAUCAUGAUUUGCGGCCAGUCGGUUUACUCUGCGGCGAUUACUGCGAUAUCCCCGACUGCAUGGGCUGCUGUCCCUUUGGCUCCCAGGUUGUCUUCGUAGGCGGCGAGUUAUCACCGUGGUCUGGUUGCAGACCCAGCCGAAAGGUUUUCGUCUAUGACAUUGAGGAUGAGCUCCGGCUUCAGGGCUUAGAAAACGGCAACAACAUCAAGGAGUUGGACAAAAGCUGCAACGGUGUUGCAAAUAUCCAUCAUGACAUAUUUUAUCCGCGGAUGAUGGAGACAGGAGGAGAUCUCUAUGCUCUCGGAGUUGUCAAAUGUGACGUCAGUGUCUCUCAGGUAUACAGGCGCCAAUCGCAGCGGUGGGAAGCUCUGCCUCCACCCAUACCGAGUUUCAGUCAUGAUUUCACUAGUGAAACUCUAUAUUCUCUACUUUACACGGACAACAAGAUCUUUCUGUCCACCUAUUUCCCACAAAUGCCGGUCAAAUGUUUCGACACCGACCGUAAAUGCUGGAUAGCUGAUUCCGGCUUCCACAGUGAGGUUUUCCCCUUUGUGGGUGAGGCUUUAGUCGUGGACUUGGAUAAACCUUUCAAGGAGAAGUUGGUGUUUACCUAUGAUCGUGAUAUUAUAAACGUGUGGCGAUUGGGAUUGACUGAUGAUUUGAAAGGUUCUUAUUUUACCAGCUACGGGUUUGUGGAUAUGAAACCCAGGUUGCUUGGCUUAUUGGAAAAUUUGCGUGAAGCAUCUAAGCAGCUUCGUCUCAUCGAUCUAGGAGAUGGAAAAAUCUGCUUUGUUAGGGCCAGGAGUUACCCGGUUGAGGAAAGUACUGUAAAUUCACUAGGGCUUGAGAAGGUGCGUGUUGUUAUCAUAGUAUUCAAAUAUGAGUUUGAUCCGAAAGCACGAGCCUUGCCCUACAAGAUCCUGUCUACCCGCGCCUUUACCAUCAUGCCCCAUUGCAAGGAAUCCUGCUUUGUCCGCCUGCUUAAAUGCUUUGUGCUCUAGCUGGAUAGCUUCCUUAGUACUCAACAUUUUGCAGGUGGCCGGGGUCUGGGAAUUUAAAGCAUGGUUUGGUUCAAAUAUAUGCUGUAGAGGAGUUGCAAGCACAUGAAGUUCUGAUAUGAAAUGUAGUUCUGUUAGGCUGAUUGUAAGAUUAUUAAUGGUUAUGUAAGACUAAUGUUAUCAUUUCUUAGAGAUAUUAACGGGCA